AUGGUUACCUCAACGUGCUUAAUGUGGGUCGCAGGGGAAGAAAGGGAAGGAAGAGCGGAGCAAAUCCAAGUAGAGGACCCUGAAACCGGAGAAAUCUUUGCUCAUUGCCACGCUGCCUCUGUCGAAGAUGUUGAUGAGGCCGUCAGACACGCCCAUGCUGUCUUCAAAUCUGGAACUUGGUCCAGAGCUCCUCGCCAUCUGCGCGCCGAGGUCCUGGAUAAGAUCGCAGGUCUUUUGAUCAAAAAUCUCCCUAGACUCAUCGAGCUCGAGGUACGGCAGACAGGACGAGCUAUCCGUGAGAUGAAUGCCCAGGUUCCGACGCUUGUGAAAUGGUUCAAGUAUUACGCAGCUCUUAUCCGGACUGAAGAACGGGUUGUCCUUCCAACGACGGGCAUGCUUCACAAUUGGAUUGAUCGAAAGCCGCUUGGAGUCGUUGCACAGAUUACUCCAUUCAACCAUCCGCUUCUCAUUGCCGUGAAGAAGAUUGCCCCGGCUCUGGCGGCUGGGAACUCGGUUAUCUUGAAACCCUCCGAGCUCACGCCCUUAACUUCGAUUGAACUGGGGAAGAUCAUGAAAGACGCCGGCCUUCCAGAUGGAGUUUUCACCGUACUACCCGGGCAUGGCGCAACGACCGGGAAAGCUGUCGUCGGGCAUCCUCUUAUCAAGAAGGUCGAUGUGACGGGCGGCACACCUGCCGGAAGAUCCAUCGGUGCUAUUGCGGGGCGUAAUUUGGCGCACUUUACUGCCGAGCUUGGGGGAAAGGCGCCACUUGUCGUGUUCGAGAAAGCUGAUGUUGAUUUGGCAGUUAACGGGAUUGCAUUCGGGUCAUUUGUUGCUUCAGGUCAGACGUGCGUAGCGGCUACCCGAAUCAUCGUUCACAACACUAUUCUGUCGGAGGUGGUUGAGAAGCUGCAAAAGAAAGCGGAAUCCAUCGAGCGUAGGAUGGGCUCACCAAAGAACGUGGAAUCUAUGAUGGGGCCUUUAAUUUCUGCAAAGCAGCUGUCAAAUAUGCGGAUACUAGUCGACAGUGCUGUGGAGGCCGGGGCCAAAGUCGUAGCAGGUGGCCAGAAGAUGAAUGGUAUAUCGGCUUUAGAUCAAACAGACUUUUCGAAAGGCUACUUCUAUCCUCCCACAAUACUUGUGGAUGGCGACUCCACUAAGAUCGUAGACACGCGAAUAUGGAAGGAGGAGGCAUUCGGACCAGUCAUUGUGGUCGUUGGUUUUAAUACUGAAGAUGAGGCCCUUAACCUUGCAAACGACUGCGAUUUUGGUCUUGGAGCGGCUAUCUGGACGCAGGACCUCUCUCAGGCUUUCAGGGUAUCUGAAGGCAUCGAGGCUGGUAUUUGCUGGGUCAACACUCAUCAUCGGAACGAUCCAAGCAGUCCAUGGGGCGGCAUCAAAGACUCUGGUGUUGGAAGCGAGAAUGGCGUCGAUGCGUAUCAUGCUUAUACCACCACCAAGAGCACGAUUGUGAACUACGGUUCUGUAGAGGAAGGUUUGGCAAACGAUGACUGGUUUCGAGAGGGUACCGGCGAGGUGAGAUACGGAUAAGCAAAGCCAUCUUUUCAGGAGAAAUUCUUUACAUUGCUUCUUCAACCACUCGCCCGUCUCUUAUUAUGCCCCUGUUAUGUCAAGACCACCUCGGUUGCUCGCCUUACUGGGGGCUAACUCCGC